AGGAAGAAGCUCUGAUCUCUGGUGGUUUAGAAAGAGAAAGAAAGGAGGCACGAUUAUUCAUCCAAAAGCUUUGAUCGAUCUUUCGCCUUGAAAACAGUUAUAUGCGGAAAGAACCCUAACUGAUAAAAUCGCCAUGGGAGAUGAUGAUUCCGCACGCCUUUCUGUUCACAAAUCUCUCGGUGGUGCUUCAGUUGCUGAUUUGCUGUUAUGGAGAAACCGGAGUGGUGCAUUCAUCUUGUUAGCUUCUUCCACUGUGUUUUGGUUUCUGUUUGAGAGAGCUGGUUACAAUCUCUUGUCUUUCGUCUCCAAUGUUCUGCUUCUCCUUGUUGCCAUCCUCUUCUUAUGGGCCAAGUCUGCUUCACUUCUCAACCGACCUCUACCACCAGUUCCCAAUAUGGAGAUCCCUGAGGAGUUUGCAGUCAAGGCUGCCGAUGAUAUUAGGGUCUUGAUCAAUCGUGUACUGUCAAUUGCAAGUGAUAUCACCAUUGCUAGAAAUCCCAUUCGUCUCCUUCAGAUGUCUUUGGUCUUGUGGGCUGUAUCCUAUGUGGGGACGUUAAUCAACUCCCUCACUCUUGUCUAUGUUGGGAUUCUUCUCAGUCUUUCUCUUCCUCUUGUGUACGAGAAGUACCAAGACCACAUUAACGAGAAACUGAACUCGACUUCUAAAGUCAUUCGGAGUCUCUCAAGUAAGAUUCCGAUGAUGAUGCCCGUAAGCAAAGAAAAGAAGUACCAAUAGGUAGUGCAAACGAUUUGUUCACAAGACUUAUAACACACAAGAAAGAUCCCCCAUUACUGGACUGCUUGCUCUAAGAAGAUGAUCAAGCAGCGGAAAAGAAAAAGUGAAUCUCAGUACAGUUUUUUUUAUCUGUUCAUUUCUUUCUGAUCUAUAGCAUGCUAGUUUUUUCUUUUCUUUUCUUCUUCUUCUUCUGUUGCUGUGUUUGUCCUGUUUUAUAUUUUUAUGAGUUUCUGGGGAUGUUUUCUUUUCGCAUCAUCUCGUCUUUUAGUUUACACUUUACACAGUAAUGCUUUGUGGGAUUGUUGUUGCAGUAGAAUCAAGAAAGAUAAAAACUAAUACAAUUUGAGUGGUUUUUGUUCAA